AAUUAUAAUAACAAAAACAGUUUAUUACAGUAUUAUUUUAUUUGCUCUAUCACUGUUUGUAAUUAUUACUCUGCUGGGUGUUUCUGGAGGGCUUGUGAGAUCUGAUUUCGGUUGUUUGAGGUUUCAGUUUCCCGAAAAGUUACUGUCUUUACAUGCAUGCUCAGAGUUCAACGGCUGAUUGCUUGGUGGGUCGGUGACGGAGUGGAGAAAUUUUGUGAACCAGCUUAGGGUGGUACUGAUUCUGCGCUUGUUUGCUUGAGUGGUUGGUGUUUUCGCAUCUGGGUAGUUGUUUUGGAUUGAAUUUUCUUGCUGUGUAUGUGCGGAAGUAAGGCAUUGAGUUGAGCUGUCUAAGAUCCUAUGAACUGAGAUGAUGGGGUUUUGCUUGCCAUGACGGUGGCCAAUGGUGGUCUCUGCCUUUGUUCUGGAAGAUAUGCUUCUUUCCGGCAUCAUAGAUCAGAUGGCAUGUUAACAAGGCUGGUCAAUGAAGGACUCAUAAUGAGAGGGCUUGGGUUGAAUCACAGUCCAUGGGCACCCCCGAUAAGAAAAGAUCUGAUUUUGUUGAUGUAGUUAGGUCUUGGAUCCCUCGAAGGACUGAGCCACCAAAUGUGUCGAGGGACUUCUGGAUGCCCGAUCAGAGUUGCAGGGUAUGCUAUGAGUGUGAUUCUCAGUUCACGAUAUUCAACCGCAGGCAUCACUGUCGAAUCUGUGGGCGAGUUUUCUGUGCAAAAUGCACUGCCAAUUUUGUUCCCGUGCCUUCAGAUGAGCCAAAUACUGUCCGUGAAGAGUGGGAGAAGAUAAGGGUCUGUAACUAUUGCUUUAAACAAUGGGAAGGGUUAGCAACAGUUGAUAAUAAUGGCAGUGCAGACCCUUCGUCCACCCCUUGUCUUAGCCCUUCACCAUCUACAACAAGCUUGGUCAGCACUAAAUCCAGUUGCACCUGUCAUAGUAGCAGCAGCACUGCUGGUUCAGUUCCUUAUACAACUGGGCCUUAUCAGCGUGUGCCUUAUAGUCCCCGUCAAUCUUCGCAAAUGAAUCAGAUAGCCGAUGAACAAGAUAAUUUAAAUUCUAGCAGGAGUUCAAAUCCCUCCGAGGCUGUAGGGAAUUUGACUUCUAACCAAUUUGGCUACUGCUUCAACAGGAGUGAUGAUGAGGAUGAUGAUUACGGUGUUUAUCAUUCGGAUACAGAAUCAAAACAUUAUUCUCAUGCCCAUGACUUUGAAGAUCCAGUUAACAUUAAUGGAGUUGAAUACGGGCCACAUCAAAUGCAUCCUGAUGAAGCUAGCAUUCAGGAAAAAAACUUUAGUAGCGUAACGCCACAUCUUGAUCUAGAAGGUAUAGAUGGGAUUGAAGCUCCCAGUAAAGAAGAUCAUGAGCAUGCUGAUGGAUGUGAACCUUCUCCUUAUCAUGAAGAGACCAAUAAUGCAGAUCCUGUGGAUUUUGAGAGUAAUGGACAACUAUGGCAACCUCCUGAGCCAGAUGAUGAAGAGGAUGAUAGGGAAGCUGUUCUUUUCGAUGAUGACGAGGAUGAAGGUACUACUGGAGGUGGGGAAUGGGGAUACCUACGUUCCUCCACUAGUUUUGGAUCUGGAGAAUGUCGUAGCAGAGAUAAAACAACUGAGGAUCAUAGGAAAGCCAUGAAGACUGUAGUGGAAGGGCAUUUUAGAGCUCUGGUCGCUCAGCUCUUACAAGUGGAAAACCUAACUACUUGUGAUGAAGAUGGAAAAGAGAAUUGGUUGGAUAUAAUUACUGCUUUGUCUUGGGAAGCUGCUACAAUUCUGAAGCCUGAUAUGAGCAGAGGUGGAGGUAUGGAUCCUGGUGGAUAUGUAAAGGUUAAAUGCAUAGCUUGUGGACAUCGAAAUGAAAGCAUGGUGGUUAAAGGAGUUGUAUGUAAAAAGAAUGUGGCUCAUCGGAGAAUGACAUCAAAAAUUGAUAAACCUCGUUUUCUAAUACUUGGAGGUGCUUUGGAGUAUCAGCGUGUUUCUAACCAGUUAUCAAGUGUUGAUACUUUGUUACAGCAGGAGAUGGACCAUUUGAAGAUGGCAGUUGCAAGGAUUGAUGCUCAUCACCCUAAUGUGCUUUUGGUGGAGAAAUCAGUAUCUCGUUAUGCCCAAGAGUACCUUCUAGCUAAAGACAUAUCACUUGUUCUGAAUAUAAAAAAACCACUUUUAGAGCGCAUUGGCCGUUGCACUGGUGCGCAGAUUGUCCCUUCAAUUGAUCAUCUGACCACUCAAAAGCUGGGAUAUUGUGAAACAUUCCAUGUGGACAAAUUUUUUGAGGAGCAUGGUAGUGCUGGGCAAGGUGGGAAAAAAUCAACAAAGACUUUGAUGUUCUUUGAGGGUUGCCCGAAACCUUUAGGUUGCACCAUCUUGCUGAAGGGUGCUAAUGGGGAUGAAUUGAAGAAGGUGAAACAUGUGAUCCAAUAUGGAGUCUUUGCAGCUUAUCACCUGGCACUAGAGACAUCUUUUCUGGCUGAUGAAGGUGCUUCACCACUAGAGUUUCCUUUGAAAUCUCCCAUAACUGUUGCAUUACCAGAUAAAGCAUCUAGUAUUGUAAGAUCCAUUUCUACUAUCCCUGGAUUUUCUGUUCUCUCUGCCAGAGAGUCUCAAGGAGCAAAACCUUUUCAAAUACCAAAAUCUGAUGACAUGCACAAGACUGAAAGAACCCCAUCUAGCUGCAGUGAGUCCACUGAAAGAUCUUUGGUCGGUGACUCAAUCCAUAUGCAUGAAUUCUCAGGACAGGCCAUCCAAUCAGCCCAGGAUAUGCCACCUUCCCUCUGCGAAAGUUUCCUUUUGAACACUGCUUCUAAGGAGGAUGAUUCUUUUGGAACCUUUGACUCUUCACAACAAGAUGGCAAUAGCUACCUCAGAGCUGCAGCAUUGUACGCUAAUCAAGGCCCUAGCCCUGGACCACCAUAUGUAAAACAUGAUAGUAGUAAUAACAAUAAUGAUCAUGAGGACAUGAUACAUUCAAACGAAGAUUUUCCUCCCUCAACUUCUGACCAUCAGAGUAUUUUAGUCUUUUUAUCAACACGUUGUGUGUGGAACGGAACUGUUUGUGAAAGGUCCCAUCUUGUAAGAAUUAAAUACUAUGGAAGUUCUGAUAAGCCUUUGGGACGGUUCUUGAGAGAUCAACUACUUGAUCAGAGUUACACCUGCUGCUCAUGUGAGUUGCCGCCAGAAGCUCAUGUUCAUUGUUAUACUCAUCGGCAAGGCAGCCUGACAAUUUCUGUUAAGAAAUUAUCAGAUUUUGCUUUACCAGGAGAACGAGAAGGUAAAAUUUGGAUGUGGCACAGGUGCUUGAAAUGUCCUCGUGUAAAUGGUUUUCCUCCUGCUACACGGAGGGUAGUUAUGUCUGAUGCUGCCUGGGGCUUAUCCUUUGGGAAAUUUUUGGAGCUGAGUUUCUCAAAUCAUGCAGCAGCAAGCAGGGUUGCAAGUUGUGGUCAUUCGCUUCACAGAGAUUGUUUAAGAUUCUAUGGUUUUGGGAAGAUGGUUGCCUGCUUUCGUUAUGCUUCAAUUCACCUGCAUUCUGUUUAUCUUCCCCCACCUAAACUUGAAUUUGUCAACUAUGAUAGGCAGGACUGGCUACAAAAAGAAGCUUAUGAGCUGCAUGACAAGGCUGAAUUACUGUUUAGUGAAGUGUAUUCAGUUCUGCAUCAACAUUCAGAGAAGGUUUCAGGUCUCGUGUUGCAGGAGGGUGGACAUAGUGUGUCAGAUUUUAGGAAUCUAACUGUGAAACUUAAAGAAAUGCUGCAGUAUGAGAAAGAAGAAUUUGAGAACUCACUACGAAAAUGGCUGCACAGAGAAAGCAAAGCUGAACAGCCUGCAAUUGAUAUUCUAGAGCUCAAUAAGUUGCGGAGGCAUAUCCUAAUCCAGUCUUAUAUUUGGGACCAGCGCUUUAUAUAUGCAUCCAAUUUAAGUAAAAUUGCUCUUCAAGAAAAUUCCAAGAUUUUAAAUCAUAGAGAGAAGUUGCAUGGUCCUAGGGAAAAACUUGUUGAAGCAGAUCUUGCUACUAGGCCAGCAAGAGGCCAUAGCAGUUGUGAUUCCUUUCUUUUGGAAACAAAACCUGAUGGAAACCUAAAUUUAGAAAAUUCUAGCCACCUUAGUCACCCUGGUGAGGUGAUUAAAAGUGAGGACAAGGUUAAAGAUACAAAUCAUGAUAAGGAUGACCUUUCUCUCUCUGGUGGUGCAAAUAUCAAUGAUAGAUCUGAUUCUGUAGAAUUCGAGAUGUCUGUAAGGAGGGCUUUGUCAGAGGGAGAAUCUUCUGUUGUGGCCAACUUAUCCGAUACCCUUGAUGCAGCAUGGACAGGUGAAAGUCACCCUACAAUUUCAUCAGUCAAAGAAAACGGUUGUCUGUCUGCUGAUAUGGUUGUUCAUUCACCUGUUGCAAAUUCAGUUACAUCAAAAUCAAAUUCUGAUAACUAUAAUGCUGAUAUAGACGGGAUUGAGGCAGGAUGCACUAAUUACUCUAAAUUACUUUCCAAAGGACUUGAGACUAAAUGGAAAGCAAUGCCUUUUGCAGACAUCUUCGGAUCAUUCGACAAAACUUCUUCUUUCAAUAUACAGAAGCUUGUUGAGUAUAACCCAGUCCAUAUUUUAUCAUUUCGAGAGGUGGAGCGCCAGACUGGUGCUAGACUGCUUCUGCCAGCCGGAACUAAUGAUACCAUAGUGCCCGUUUAUGAUGAUGAACCCACUAGUGUCAUAGCGUAUGUGCUUGUGUCAGUGGAUUAUCAUAUGCAAAUGUCAGAAUUUGAUAGACCAAAAGACAGUGGAGAUAGUUCAAUUUCAUUGCCACUCUUUGAUUCAAGUAUACUUUCUCUCAACUCUUUUGAUGAGACAAUUACUAAUACAUACAGAAGUAUUGGCUCUUUUGAUGAGAGCAUGAUAUCCACUGGGUCUCGGAGUUUACCGGCUGGGGAUCCACUCUCAUACACAAAGGAUUUUCAUGCAAGGAUUUCUCUUACUGAUGAUAGCAACCUUGGGAAAGUGAAAUAUACUGUAACUUGCUACUAUGCUAAGAGAUUUGAGGCUUUAAGAAGAACGUGUUGCCCUUCUGAGUUAGAUUUUGUGAGGUCCCUUAGCCGUUGUAAGAAGUGGGGAGCUCAGGGAGGAAAGAGCAAUGUUUUCUUUGCAAAAACCCUGGAUGAUAGGUUCAUUAUCAAGCAGGUUACAAAAACAGAGCUGGAGUCAUUUACCAAGUUUGCACCAGCUUAUUUUAAGUAUUUAUCUGAGUCAAUCAGUACAGGAAGCCCAACUUGUCUCGCAAAGAUCUUGGGAAUUUAUCAGGUAACAUCUAAGCACCUCAAAGGAGGGAAGGAAACAAAAAUGGAUGUUUUGGUUAUGGAAAAUCUUCUUUACAGAAGAAACAUUAGACGGCUUUAUGACCUCAAAGGUUCUUCCCGAUCACGGUACAAUCCAGAUACAAGUGGGAGCAAUAAAGUGCUGCUGGAUCAGAAUCUCAUUGAAGCUAUGCCAACCUCUCCAAUAUUUGUUGGUAACAAGGCAAAACGGUUGCUGGAGAGGGCAGUGUGGAAUGAUACCGCCUUCCUUGCAUCAAUAUAUGUUAUGGACUACUCAUUGCUGGUUGGGGUGGAUGAGGAAAAACAUGAGCUGGUAUUAGGUAUAAUUGAUUUUAUGAGGCAGUAUACAUGGGAUAAGCACCUCGAAACAUGGGUGAAGACCUCAGGCAUCCUUGGUGGACCCAAGAAUACUUCUCCAACUGUUAUAUCACCGCAGCAGUACAAGAAACGGUUUAGGAAAGCCAUGAGUUUAUAUUUUCUUAUGGUACCAGAUCAAUGGUCUCCUCCAGAGUUACACCCCAGUGGAUCCCAAUCUGACAUUUAUGACGAAAAUGCUUAAGGGGGGACCCAUUUCAUUCACGUGUUCAAUAUUUUACCUUGUAUAAAUCUUACUAUUCCAGCAUCCCUUGACACGGGUUUCUCACCCAUGUUCAUUCUCCCUUCUUAGUGUCCGUAAUAUUUGCCUGCCGAAUAAUGCAGCUGUUGAUCUGUGUUCCUUAAAGCAUCGGAGGUAUCCUGGACCAUAUCCAUCAAGGGUAAGUAACUGUACAGCGAUUUCCCCCCUCUUUUUAAUUUUUUACAUCUUGUAUUUAAUCUCCUGUUUUCGUUAUCCGUCGUCUUCAAAUUUUUAUUUUUACCCUAUUAAAGGGUGCUUGAUUGCACAUUGCGUUAAUUUUGUUCCACUGUUAUAUGACCCUAAUUGUUUGGUGUGUAUAUGUACACAUAUACAAACACAUACAUAUAUAUGUCAAAAUGGUUUCUUC